GAGAGAGAGAGAGAGAAGGAGAGAGAGAGGGAGGGAUGUGAUUGUGCGUGUUUGGGACGAGAGAGGAGAGGAGAGCAGGGAGUCAUCGCAAUCGAGGCGAAAGUCCGGGAGCGCACUUAAAUCACGUGGGGGGUGUGUGUGUGUGUGUGGACGCGUACACGGGAAGGAAAAAGUAAAAGUGUCGUCGGAGAGCGACUGACUUCUGGUCGUACUUUGUUUUCCUCCUCUCUUUGCCUUUCCAACCUCCCCUCACUGCUCCCCCACCCCACCCUCCUCCUCUCGCCCUCCACCUCCUCCUCCUCCUCCUCCGCCCGCCCUGCAUUCCGCGGAGCAGCUGUGUUUUAAUGCCCCUGCGCACCCGAGGAGCAGAGGAAGGAGAGAAGAGUGAGGAAGAAGAGGCAGAAGAGGAAGGAGAAGGGAGAAGUGAGAAGGCCUGGACACCACCCCUCCUCGCCCCUUGGAGGUCUGUCCACUCUCCCCUCCUGGCCCUGCAUGGACGGGGAUGGGGAGAGCCGGAUGCUGUUGCCGCGGGGCUGAGCGCCUCGCCUCCCCGUCUCUAGUGCGCCGCUUCCGGCCGCUGCUGCUGCUGAUCAUCGCUCUCUGCUGCGGUGCCCACAUAGGUCAGUGUCAAGUGGCCACCCCCCAGUGUCGUAUCCAGAAGUGCACCACCGACUUCGUCUCCCUGACCUCCCACCUGACGCCGGCUGUGGAUGGCUUCCACACCGAAUUCUGCAAGGCUUUGCGUGCGUACUCGGCCUGCACCCAGAGGACGGCUAAGUCCUGCCGGGGGAACCUGGUCUUCCACUCUGCCGUGCUGGGCAUCUCAGACCUCAUGAGCCAGAGGAACUGCUCCAGAGAUGGGCCCACCUCGUCCACGCACCCAGAGGUCCACCUCGAGCCCUGCAACUACCAUAGUCGCACCCAGCAUGCCCAUGCACACUCGCAUGGGCACGCGCACUCCCACGCUCACAGCCACACCCACGGCCACUCUCGGCCUGGGUACCUGUUCUGCGGGCUGUUUGGGGACCCACACCUGAGGACAUUUAAGGACAGCUUCCAGACUUGUAAAGUGGAGGGGGCGUGGCCUCUCAUCGAUAAUGACUAUUUGUCCGUGCAGGUCACUAAUGUUCCCGUGGUACCUGGCUCCAGUGCCACAGCAACCAAUAAGAUCACCAUCAUCUUCAAGCCGUAUGAGGGCUGCACAGAUCAGAGGGUCUACCAGGCCGUCACAGACAACCUCCCCGCUGCCUUUGAUGAUGGCACCGUGAGCAGUGGAGACCCCAUCCACACUUUUGCUGGUGCAGAUGGUGCGGCCGGGAAGGUCCGUGCUCUGUGGAUCUCUGAGCGCACCCCAGGGCACCACGUGGAGCUGCACGCCGGCUACAUUGGUGUGACUGUGAUUGUUCGCCAGCUGGGCCGCUACCUGACCCUGGCGGUGCGGAUCCCGGAGGAGCUGGCUCAGGCCUAUGAUGCUACCCAGGACCUGCAGCUCUGUCUGAACGGCUGCCCCAGCGGAGAGCGUAUCGACCAGGCGGGGCUUCUCCCCCUGCCCCUCUCCCCUCCUGCGCUCGGCCUGCAGCUUCAGCAGCUACGUCGGCCCAGCUACUCCUCACAGACACAAGCGUACCCCUAUGGUGCCCCGCAGGUUUUUGGCGUGGAGGGGGCAAAGGAACGCUGCAGGGAGAAGCUGGAAGUGCAGGACAUUUACUUCCACUCCUGCGUGUUUGAUCUCUUGACCACCGGGGAUGCUAAUUUCACAAUAGCGGCGUACAGUGCUCAGAAGGACAUGGAAAGUCUCCACCCGCAUCGGGACAGAUGGAGGAUCUACCCCCGUGGCUCUGCCACCUCCACCUUACACUCUGAUUGUCAACCUAUCAGACGGCUCACUCUCCUCCUGCUGUGUGCUCUGAGUAGGGCAUUGAUGUAAUAGUGGAAGUGGGAGUCUUUGAGUGUGCCUGCAAGUGUGUGGGCUUGUGUAUGUGUGUGCACUAGAAAGAGUUUUUUGCUGAGCACUGAAACUGAGCACUGAUUCCUCUCUCACGCAGAGAGGGAGCAGCAGGCUGGACAGUUACCAGACGUUUUUGUAUUAGAGGUGGCAGACCUCCCAGUGGGUACAGGAGAUACUGGUAUCAGUGACUGUGUCUUACCUGGCAGAAUCAGCCCUCCGGAGGUAAAAAAAAAAAAACAAAAACAACAACAACAGGAGAUGUGAUGAUGGCUUACGCAAUCUGUCUUGAUCUCUGGAUAAGACACCAUUGAAAAUGACACAAACAUUCCUGUGUGGGUGAACUGAGUGUGUGGAUGUACACUCUGUAAAUAGUUUAUUUUGUCUCCAGUGCACAGUGUAAUGGUGUAGAGUUUGGGGGUUUCUUUUGUGCCAUUUGAUGUGAUUUUUCUUUAAUACCUCAGACAGAGGAUGUUUGUUUUAACAGAAGCACUUUAUUUUGAUUUUUUUUUUUAAUCAAUCCACAUCAGUGUUUCUUCCUCUCACUUCUUCUCCUUCACCAAAAUCUCAAGUGGCUCAAGUUUUGGAGACUAUCUAGUAUUUGGUUUUUGAUCCUUUCAAAGUAAGAGUCAGUUAAUAACAAGGAGCUGCCAUUUUUGUUCAAAUGCAUAAUUCUCCCGGUAGCUGAUUUGACUCAGCGCCUCUUUUUAAGUCAGUCAAUGUGAGUUGUUCUGUUGAAUGUAUUAUGAAUAUUGUUGCAGCAAAUGACAUCAGUGCUAAUUUGUUGCCGUAUGAAUAUGUUGUUUUUCCUCAGUCCUGAUUUCAACCGUGUGUUUGUGUGUGCGUGUGUGAGUGUGUGUGGGUGCGUCAGGUUUUCUUUUCUUUUCUUUUUUUUUUUUUGAUAUGCUUGAAUGUGUUUUUGUUUUACCCGAGAAUCACGUCAGAGGUAUUCCCACCUUUUUGCCAGGAGGCUGUGACAAUACCGGCUCUUGUUUGUCACUCAGCGUACUCUUUGUUGUUUUAAUUUGAGCCAAAGACAGAUGAUAUAUGGUUUUUAUGUACAAAGGAAAUCAUAACUCACCACCAAACCAGCACCUUUCUUCUCCUCACAGUCUCCCUCUGCCCUGUUUUUAAACUUGCUACUGUAGACUAUUUUUUUCCUACUGCCAGAAUUGACAAGCUGCUCCUUAAUGGGAUAUGUGUAAGAUACUGGAGUGUAGACAAAACACUGCGAAUCACUGAGGAAACUUCGCCACAGACUCUGCUGGAACAUAUACUUCAGCAUUGUAUUGUGGGAAAUUAAUGCCAUUUGAUACCUAGUUUAUUGUCAGUCCCUACAACUAUGAGCUUCUUUUUAAUGUGUAACAUUCUGUAUAAUUAUGCCCCACUCGUUUGGCCAUAUAAGCUUUAUCUCAGUUUUUUGGCAUUGUGAUCUCUUACAUCAUGUGUGAGUGUCAGUUUGGUGAAGAGUGACUGGUCAGUGUUGAAAUACUUAACUUAUUUAUGAACGUAGUGUCCUGUAGAGGAAGUUAAGCUCCAUAUUCUUGCUGUUGGAUAAUAAUUUAAAAAAAAAAAAGUCAGAUGUGAUUGUACUGCCACCUAGUGGUGCUCUGUUGCUAUGUCAGUGUGUUACUUAAGGCACUCAAAAAAAAAGAAAAAAAAAAAUGAGGAAACAAACUGUGUGCAAGUGUUUUAUUUAAAAACAAUAAAGUCAAAAUGGUCGAA